CGCUGUUCUUGCUCGACAUGCUUUGGAGACGAGCCCCUUCCCUCCCCGCAAUUUCCGCAGCAGCAGCCACGUCAUCCAUUUCCCUCAUCGCGCCACGUGGACUGCCACAAAUUCGUUCAUUGUACAGCCCGUGGGCCGUAUUCCAGGCAGAAGCCAUAAAUUCCGUUAUUGUCACUCCCCUUUCAUCGCCGCAACGCCCAAUUCUUCCGCCACGUGCGAUGGCCACAUCGGCAGGCUCCGUGACGUCAGCAUGUCGUCGUGCCGUUUCCGCUGUUCUUACCCGCGCUGACGUCAGCAAGAGUGCCGUCAGCAGGUCUGACGUCAGCUGUUUUGCCAGCGGUGCGCGAACGAAGCAAUCAUUGCAUCAAAGGCUCGGUUGGCAUAGUAGCGCCGGUUUUUCCGGGAGCUGGACAUGUGGCGUCGAGGGAGUGGGCACUGAGAGGCCGUUUACCAGAGGCGUGGGGCUCAGAAGGUUCCAGGUGGUUUCGCCGGUGUGCAUGGGACGGCGAUCGUCGAAAAUCGCGACACGCAAGAAUGCACAGGAUGCACGCAAGUCGAAGCUGUAUGGCAAAGUCGGCAAGCAAAUCAUAUCUGCUGUGAAGGCGGGUGGCCCUAGUCCGGCCAGCAACUCACAACUAGCAGCACUGCUGGUGGCGGCCAAGCAGGGGGGAGUGCCCAAAGACGUGAUCGACCGGAACAUCAAAAGGGCAACGGAAAAAGGGCAGGCGGAUUUUACAGAGAUUGUUUAUGAGAUUUAUGGACUCGGAGGCGUGGGCAUAGUCGUGGACGUGCUAACAGACAACAAUGCCCGGGCAGCAGCUACUGUGCGCGAUGUGGUGCGGAAGGGAGGGGCCAAGAUGGCCGACCCAGGCUCCGUGCUCUUCAACUUCAAGAGGCAAGGCGUGCUGGCCGUCCCUGCAGCCACAGCAGACCCGGACGAGGUUCUCGUGGUGGCGGUGGAUUCAGGGGCGGAUGACGUCAUCAACCCUGGGGAGGACGUGGCAGGGGGAGGGGGAGAGCACGGAGAGGAGGGCGAGGAGGAAGAACAGUUCUUCCGAGUGCUAACCCCAGCGGAGUCCUUCGCCUCAGUGCGCGCUCAGCUGCAGGAGUACGGCCUCACUGUGGAUGCCGAGCAUUCAGGCCUCAUGUUCAUUCCCACCGCCAGGAUGCAGACUGAUGAGGAGGCCCGGGAGCAGAACGAAGCUAUAAUGGAGAAGCUGCUUGAAUUGGACGAUGUGGAUGCAGUGUACUGCAACCAAUAGGUUGGGCGCACUGUUGUGGAUAUGAAUACAACAUAGCUUGCACAGAAUUAAACAACAUAGCGUGCACGGAUAAAAAAAAUGUGCGUCAUCUAGUUGUGAUUCGUGAUACUAUGUAUGCCUUUACCAGAGUUUGUUUGGUAAAUAACGCUAAUAGCUUUGCAUUUCUUUGAACGCGUUUUUGUUAGGUAUCAU